AUGAAAUCUGAAAACAUAAUCCUGAGUGUUUUCUUGUUCUCCCAGACAGGAAUUGGGGUUCUAGGGAAUUCCUUCCUUAUUUGUCUCUUCAUCUCUGUGUUUCUCAGUGGACAUAGGAUGAGACCUAUAGACACUAUUGUCCCUCAACUGGCCUUGGUCAACUUUUUGGUGUUCCUCUCAAAGGGCAUCCCUCAGACAAUGGCAGCUUUGGGUCUGAUGAAUUUCCUCAAUGAAAUUGGCUGUAAAAUUAUUUUCUACCUUCACAAAGUAUCUCGGGACCUUUCCCUCGGCAUGACUUGCAUCCUGAGUGUCUUUCAAGCCAUCACUAUAAGCCCCAGAACCUCAAAUUGGGCAAGGCUUAAAGCCAGAGCCCCAAAAUACCUCAUUCCCUCUAGUAUAUUCUGUUGGAUUUUUCACCUGGUUUUUUCCAGCUAUAUUCCUGGGGGAAUUAAGGGGCCAAGGCAAAACAGAAACAUCUCCGAGAUACAGCAUUAUGUAUAUUGUUCUCAUAAACUUCUUUCUGGAUUUCAUGCCUCAUUAGUUGCAACCUUUCUCUUCUUUCCUGAUGCUGUGUAUUUGGGACUCAUGGUCUCUGCCAGUGGCUACAUGGUGAUUCUUCUGUAUAGGCAUCAUGAGCAAAUAAAGCAAGUUCACAUUACCUGCCUCUCCCCCAGAGCUUCCCCUGAGACCAGGGCCACUAAAACUAUCCUACUCCUAGUGAGCACCUUUAUUUCUUCUUACUUACUCAACUGCAUCUUGGCAACAUAUAUGUCAGUCAUAAAAUCCCCACUCUGGAUGAUGCAUACCUCUGGUUUCCUGGGUUUAUGUUUCCCCGCUGUUAGCCCCUAUGUGCUGAUCAGCAGUGACUCACAAAUUCCCAAGUAUCUUUAUGCUCUAUGUGGGAGGAAAACCACACAUUUUGCCCAGAUAACAGAUUAA